UAACAAUCAGACCCGCAUGGACUUGCCCCAUCGGUGCCUUUCUUAUCCGUCACGUCCGACCUCGGCAGCCCGUUCCGCUGUACUAUUUAUUCAUGCCUCUCGCUUUUGCUUGCUUACUAGCUAGCAGGCACGGUAGGGAAUUGAGAGGCAUCAAUCAUGCAGCUCUCAUUGUUGGCUCUUCUUGGAGCAUUGGCGCUGCCCAGCGCUGCUGUUCCCCAUGCGCGCGAUGAGGGACAAUGCAAGCAGACCACUGUUGCUAUUCUUGGUGGAGGAAUGGCUGGUAUUGCUGCUGCUCAAACGCUGCACAAUGCCUCCAUGGAUGACUUCAUGAUCCUCGAAUACCGCGACACCAUCGGCGGUCGCGCCUGGCAUAAGCCCUUCGGUCAGGACAAAGAUGGGAACCCAUACAUCAUUGAGAUGGGUUGUAACUGGGUCCAAGGACUCGGCACUCCUGGGGGUCCGCAGAACCCCGUCUGGACACUGGCCCAAGUCUACAACCUCUCCACCAUCUACUCCAACUACAGCAACGUGUCGACCUACAACCAGCACGGCUACAAAGACUACUCCCACCUGAUCGACACCUGGGAUGACAUCUACGACACCGCCGCCGCCCAAGCCGGCGUCAUGCUCCUCGACAACCUGCAGGACCAGACAGCCCAGACCGGACUGGCCCUGGCCGGCUGGCGCCCCAAGGUCGACGACAUGGAAGCACAAGCCGUUGACUGGUGGUCAUGGGACUUCGAAGACGCCUACACGCCCCUGGAAAGUUCCUUUAUCUUCGGCGUCGCAGGCCAAAACCUCACCGUGAACGGCUUCAGCGACGAAGACAACUUUGUCAUCGACCAACGCGGCUACAGCCACAUCAUCCACGGCAUGGCGUCGACCUUCCUCAAGCCCAACGACACUCGCCUGCUCCUCAACAACCACAUCACCAACAUCAGCUACUCCGACUCCGGUGUGACCGUCCACAGCUCCGACGGCUCCUGCGUGCGCGCCUCCUACGCCAUCUGCACCUUCAGUCUGGGCGUAUUGCAACACGACGCCGUCACCUUCACCCCGUCCCUGCCCGAAUGGAAGAAAGAAGCCAUCGAAGGCUUCACAAUGGCCACCUACACCAAGAUCUUCCUCCAGUUCAACGAGACCUUCUGGCCCGAAGACACCCAAUACUUCCUCUACGCGGACCCCUACAUGCGCGGCUACUACCCCGUCUUCCAGUCCCUCAGCACCGAGGGCUUCUUCCCGGGCUCCAACAUCAUCUUCGUCACCGUGACGGAGCAAUUCGCCUGGCGCGCCGAACGCCAGUCCGACGAGAAGACCAAAGCAGAGGUGAUGGAAGUCCUGCGCAAGAUGUUCCCGGAGAAGGAUAUCCCUGACCCGAUUGCGUUCAUGUACCCGCGGUGGACCCUGGAGCCAUGGGCUUACGGCAGUUACUCGAACUGGCCGCCCAGCACGACGUUGGAGAUGCAUGAGAACCUGCGUGCCAAUGCGGGGAGACUGUGGUUUGCCGGUGAGGCAACCAGUCCAACCUACUUUGGGUUCUUGCAUGGAGCUUGGUUCGAGGGCCAGGCUGCGGGGCUUCAUCUUAGCAGUAUCUUGAACGGCACUUGCAAGGCGAAUACUACUUGCAAGGGCAGGAAGCAUUACGAGACGUUGCACGGCACGACGCCAUUGUCGGAUUACAGCUUCGUGGAUGGAUGGAACGGAAACAGUUUCUAUGAUUUUAACGAUGAUUAAACUGCUCCCCAUCUCCAUCCCCAUCCCCCGUCUUCUCUCACCGCUCUACAUGGUGAACUGAACGGGGCUGUCGUGUAUAUAUAAAUAUGUGAAUAUAACAUAUCAUCAUUCAUCCAUCUAUCUAACUAUUCAUCCAUCAUAUUUCACCCAUACAUCACUAAUUCAUAAUCAUAACAACCAUCUUAUCCCCCAUGUUCGCCCUUGGGGCAAGUUCUACCAAUCACAAAAAUGUCUCCACGACAUCCUCAAACCCAUUAAGACAGUCCUCGAAGCUAUCAAACACGCCCGUCUUACCCACGCUGGCGUGCACCUUCGUCGGGCUGGUCGCGUUGUUGACGAAGUGGUCCCAGUCGCCGUAAAGCACGUUCCACCGGUAGGUGCAGUAUUGAAGGGAGUAGAAUUCUUUGAUGCUGGGGAGCGAGGCGCAGUUCGAGCCGCCGGUCUCGGGGUAGCAGAUUGCGGAGAGGGCGGCGGUGGGGAGGAGGGGGAGGAGCAAUGUAGAAAGAUGCAUUUUGGGUGGGAUUCUGGUGUGUUUUUGUGGUUGAGAUGUAGUGUAUGUAUGUGGUAGAAGAAUGGAAUGAUG